AUGAAGGGCCUCAUCAGAAGCCUUAAAACAACUCGGGACAGUUGCGGUGUUGAAGGUGCUGCAGAGCGGGUUUUGCUGCAAGCUGCUUUUGUCUGUCUUCUUGAGACGAGCGGCUUAGAUAGGCUGGACGCCCUUCUACAGGCUUCAUCAAACGAGCAGCAGCAGCAGCAGCAGGAGCAGCAGCAGCAGCAGCAGCAGUGGUGUAGAGACUUGGAAGCAGAAAUGCUGCGGCAGCGGCUGCUGCUGCGACGCCGACGCAUCGCCAGGAGACUGAAGGGGGUCUUCAGCUUCUGUCUCCUCUUCAAAAAACAAAGGGCUCAAUGGAUAGCUAAGCUGUGUGCUGUUCGGGUUUUGCUGCUGCACCUCGCCGCUCGCCGGAAGCAAAUGCUGCAGCAGCAAGCUGCUGCUCUCACUGAGGCGCUAAGGGCAGCAGCAGCAGCAAAAGCAGAAGCAGCAGCAAAAGCAGAAGCAGCAGCAAAAGCAGAAGCAGCAGCAAAAGCAGAAGCAGCAGCAAAAGCAGCAGCAGCAGCAAAAGCAGCAGCAGCAGCAGCAAAAAGGGAAGAGGAGCAGCGAAGGAUUCAAUACCAAGCGAUCCGCAUUCAGCGAUGGUGGAGAGCGGCAAGGAGACGCCGCAGCUUGCUGCUGCAGCAGCAGCAACAGCAGCUGCAAGAGCAGCAGCAGAAGGAAUAUGAGCAGCAGCAGCAACAGCAGCAGCAGCAACAACAGCAGCAGCAGCAGCAGCUGGUGACAGAGGCACAGGCGCACCUUCAAGCUCAGCAGCAGCAGCAGCUGUUGCAGCAGCAGCAACAACAACUGCAGCAGCAGCAGCAGCAGCAGCAGCAUUAUCAAGCAGCCGAGCUUGCUGCAGCAAGCCAUCAGCCAGCCAAACGCCUGCGGCUGUCAGAGUCCCCUGCUGCUACAGCAGCAGCAGCUGCUGCUGCUGCUAGUGCUGCAGCUGCUGCUCCUCCUCCUGUUGCUGCUGCUGCUGAUGCUGCUAGUGCAGCGCAUGCGGGUACAAGCACCGAUCAGCAGCCCGCGCAGCAGUCAGCAGCAGCAGCAGCAGCAGCAGCAGCAGCAAGAGCAGAAGCAGCAGCAAUCUGCAUCCAGAGACAUUGGAGAGGCAGCAGCAGCAGACGAGGGAAGGCUGAGCUAACCCUGCAGCUGCUGCUGCUGCAGCGCGCAGUACGCCGGUGGCUGGCAGCAAGGCAUUCUAAGAAGCAGCAGCAGCAACUGCUGCAGCAAGAAGAAAUGAAGCAGCAACCGCAGCUGCUGCUGCAGCAACAGCAACAUCAGCAGCAUCAGCAGGAGCAGCAGCAAAAACAGCAGCAGCAGCACAAACAGCAGCAGCAGCAGCAGCAGCAGCAGCAGCAGCAAGAAGCUGCAGCAGCGGCAGCAGAACAUGAGAAUGUGUCUCCUGGUGGCCCCCAGUUAGCCUCGCUGGACUGGAAAGCAGCAGCAGGAGCAGCAGCAGCAGCAGCGCGGGCUGCUGCAGCAGAAGGUCGUGCUGCAGCAGCAGCUGCUGCAGUGUAUAUGCAGCAAAUAGAAGCAGAGAGGGUCCCCUCUCACAUUCCGAGGGCCCCAUCGAUAGGAAGACAACCGGGGCCCCCAUGCUCCCCACCGUUUGCUGCUGCUGCUGCUGCUGCUGCUGCUGCUGCGCCUGGUGGGGGCGCUGGUGCUGCCGCAGCUGCGCUGCAGCGGGGGUCGCUUAGCGCAGCUCACAAGCCCAACAGCAACAGCAGCAACAGCAGCAGCAGCAACAGCAGCAACAGCAGCAGUCCUACCUUCUCUGUGGCGUCUUCAGCGCUGCCUUCUCCUGGGCUGCCUGCUGCUGCUGCCGGUGUUGCUGCUGCAGCAGCACUUAGUGAGAGCUGUCUGUACACCUCAGAAUUGCUGUACAAAUCCUUUAUUCCUCAGCCACGCAGCAGGUGCGAACGCUUGCAGCAGCAACAGCAGCAGCAGCCUAAAACAGCAGCAGGAGCAGCAGCAGCAGCAGCAGGCUUCAAAGACACUCCAAAGGGCCCUAAUACCUCUGCUAUUCCUUCUCCUCCUCAACUCACCACUCAAAGAAAGAGACGUCCCAAUGCCCUCUAG